UCUUUGUAGGCAUGGAGACCGCCAUAGGAGGAGGGACUAGAGCUGAAAAGAUGAAGACUGUAGCAGCAAAGCAACCAUCUUCAUUGGCUUGUAUCAAGUUCUGGGUAUUUGUGAUCUCAACCAUGCUAGUCAUUCUUUGGUUCUGCACCAUGCAGUCGGCAACUCUUGAUGAUGGAAUCAUGGUGCCAAAAUCUGCAUUUUAUUUCCCAUAUUCCUUCCCACCUCAAAGGGUUUAUAAAAGCAAUGGAUAUCUAAUUAUUUCACCUAAUGGAGGAUUGAAUCAAAAGCGACUUGGGAUUUCUGAUAUGGUUGCCAUUGCAAGAUAUUUGAAUGUCACACUUAUUGUUCCUAAAUUUGCUCAUGGUGCAUACUGGAAUGAUACCAGUGAAUUCGCAGAUGUUUUCGAUGUCAACCAUUUCAUUACAUCUCUGAGAGACGAGGUUACAAUUUUGAAAGAGUUGCCUCAAGAACAGAAGAGAAAACUAGAAUCAGAACCACUUUAUUACAUGUUUCCUAUGAGUUUUGCUAGCUUAGAAUAUUAUCAUCAAAGGGUCCUUCCUCGAGUACAGAAGCGCGAGACUUUGUUGCUUGCUCAAACUGAUGCUAGGCUUGCUAACAAUGGGUUGCCUAAAGAGCUGCAGAGGUUGCGUUGUCGAGUGAACUACGAGGCGUUGCGAUUUACUCCACCGAUCGAGGAAACCGGUAGGAAGAUUGUCGAUUUCUUGAGACAAAAGGGUCCUUUCUUGGCUCUUCAUCUCAGGUACGAUAAGGAUGUAUUGGCAUUCACCGGUUGCAACGAAGGCUUAACGGACAAAGAGGCUGCAGAGAUGAAACAGAUGAGAUAUUCUCAUGAUGGAUGGAGGCAUAAACCGAUCGAUUCGAAGAAGAAACGAGAAAUUGGAUCGUGCCCUUUAACUCCAGAGGAAACGGCUCUAGUAUUGCAGGCACUAAGCAUUGAUAACAACACCACAAUUUACAUUGCAGCUGGAGAAAUAUACAAUAAAGAGAAGAGAAUGGCAGAUCUGGCAGCAGCUUAUCCUAAUCUGUUUACCAAACAGACCAUAUUAAAACCGGAAGAGCUCGAACCAUUCUUGGGACACACAGACCAGAUGGCUGCAUUGGAUUAUAUCAUCGCAAUCAAAAGUGAUAUUUUCGUUCCGAAUUUUGUCGGAAACAUGGUAAAUGCUGUCGAAGGCCAUCGCCGAUACAUGGGAUAUAAGCCAACAAUUUCACCAGACAGGAAACUUUUGUCUGGUCUAAUUGAUGAAUACAAGAAUGGGACAUUGACGUGGGAUGAGUUUUCUUUUUUAGUGAAUAAAACUCAUGAAGAUCGGAGAGGGAAACCGGCAAGGAGGACCGAGAAUCCGGAUCAUCCCAGACAAGAAGAUUAUUUCUAUUCUAAUCCUUAUGAAUGUUUGCCACCAUUUGCUUGA